UGAUCUCUCUUGAUCUCUCCUAUACAAGAAAUCAGGAAAUGGGAGAGUGGUAUCUAAAUGUUUCUUUGUUUUCUCCCUUCCAUGAACUGGAGAGACUUGAUUUAAGUGGAAAUCUUAUAGCCGGUUGCAUCGAGAACGAAGGUUUUUCCAUCCUUACUUUAAAUAAUGAAAUUUACUUCUAUGUCUUUAUUAACAAGAAUUGUUUUGUAGGUUUUCAAAGAUUAUCACACUUGUCUAAUCUCGUGCAUCUUGACCUUAGCUACAAUAUGCUCAAUGACAUCCACGUUUUAUCAUGUUUGAGUGAACAUUCAACUUUCGAGAAUUUAAUCUAGAUUAAAAGAACUAAACCACUUUAAUCAUAACGUUCUUUUAAGUGACAUAACUUUUAUUUUCACUUUUAUAUUUAGAUUGAUAAACAAAACUAUGUACGUUUAUUAGUAUUAUUACUAUUAUUAUUCGACUUAUUUCAGUUUCAAGGUUGAGUAACUUGGAGUAUCUACGCUUAAACUUAAUAAAGUUGUUAAUUAAGUUUUGAUGAUACAAGUUAAAUUAAUUUUUACUUGGAAAUUAAUAAUCUCCUAUACAAAAAAUCAUGAUUUAGGAGAGUGGUAUCUAAAUGUUUCUUUGCUUUCUCCAUUCCAAGAACUGGAGGAACUUGAUUUAAGUCACAAUCUUAUAGCUGGUUGCAUCGAGAACGAAGGUUUUGAAAGAUUAUCACACUUGUCUAAUCUCGUGCAUCUCAACCUUGCAUACAAUAUGUUCAAUGACAUCCACGUUUUAUCAGUUUCAAGGUUGAGUAACUUGGAGUAUCUACGCUUAAGCGGUAACAUAUUCAACAAUAGCAUAUUAUCAUAUGUGUCUACUCUGUCAUCGUUAAAACAACUACAUCUGUAUGACAUUGGAUUGAAAGGCAUCAUUGAUCUUCAAGAAUUGGACUCUUUGAGCAACUUAGAGGAGCUGUCCAUGGGAGAAAAUGGGAUUAAAAAAAUUGUAUUCUCCAAAGGUGAAACAAGUUUGAGGAAGUUGAAUGCAGUUUAUCUAUCGGAUUUGAUUAUUAGUGAUGGAAACCGUCUCUUUCGGACAUUGGGCUUAUUCCCAUCCCUAAAGUCUAUUGAAUUAUGGUUUAUCAACUUUACUGGAGCAGUUACUACUUAUGAUAUGCGGAGUUUCAAGAAUUUGGAAAGUUUGUCGAUGUAUGAGACUCUGUUCAACAAUAGCUUUUAUCAAAUCAUUGGGGCCAUGACUUCUCUUCAGAAUUUAACAAUGUGGGAUUGUACUUUCAAAGACACACUACUUUAUCCAGGUUUGCCUACUUUCAAGAAUUUAAAACUUUUGGCCAUUGAAGGAAUUGCUCUCAAUAAUAUCUUGAUUCCAUUGUUAAACGGAUCAUUGAAUUCUCUUGAGACUCUAAAUCUGUAUGAUUGUAAUCUUACAAGCACAUUACUUGAGCAAGGUUAAUACUUCUCUUUCUCCUUACCAAUUGACUUGUUUUUAAUAACUUGUAUAACUAGUUUUCUUCUAGAAAAUAACUUGUCCCACAAAUUAGGCAUAAAAUUAGUUAGGAGCAUGAAUCAUUUGCAUAUUAGAAUUCUAGAUUAAUCAUAUAUAUCACAUAUUAUCUAACAAGAACAUUCAAUUAACAUCCUGCAUUUUUUGAGUAAUAUUGUUCACAGUUUUGCCUGCUUUCAAGAGUUUGAAACAUGUGAGUUUGGGCGACAUGGCUCUCAACAACUUCCCUGCGAUACUCAAUGGAUCGUGCAAUUCCCUUGAGAGUCUAUCUCUGUCCUAUUUUAAUCUAACAAACACAUUACUUGAGCAAGGUUAAUACUUCUCUCCUCUUACAAGUUUAAUUAAUUUUUAGUUUCCAAUUAAAUCAAGCAUAACCUAUUAAUAAGUAAUUUAUAAAUUAGCAGUUGACUCUUUUCAAUAACUUUUAUAACUACUUUAAGGGAUUUAUUACUAAACCCCCAUAGUUUUCAUAAAAUAUCUAAGCUCCCGCCAAUAUCAGAAAUAUAAAACUAACCCC